CUUGCUGUGGCCCCCCCCCCCCUCUCAUACACACAGACUAGUCUCCAUAUCUUAGCCAAUUCCACUUUUGCUCACAGGCAUCAACGGAUCGGUCACCGGUUGCUGAAUGUUAAAAGGCAUCAAAGUCAAAGCUGUUGCAAUACGCCCAACGGAAUGGUCCAGUGAUGCUUUCUGGUGCCACACAGUUGCAUAGCUUCCUGAACUCCUCCCCCGGCGUCCCGGAGAAAAAGGUGAGCGAUGAAGGCGAACUGGACUUGACCGCCGUGAUCCUCACCGUGAUCACCAUCUUGCUCGGCAUUCCGGGCAACGCCAUCGUGAUCUGGGUGGCGGGAUUCAAGCUCAAGACAAACGUCCUCAACGUGUGGCUGGUCAACCUGGCCGUUGCCGACAUAAUCUUCUGCUUGACCCGAAUCUUCUCCCUGAUCACGGUUCUGUUCGUGGGCAACUGGUUCUUCGGCUUGUUCAUCUGCAGGUUUAUCGGUUUCUUCAAGUACGCCAACAUGUUUUAUUCAGUCUUCAUGCUGGCAGUCAUCAGCGUGGACCGGGCCAUCUGCGUGCAGUUCCCCGUGUUCACCCGGCGCCACCGCACCGUCUUCGCCGGCCGGGUGGUGGCGCUGUGCACGUGGGUGGCGGUCGUGCUCUUCAGCUUGCCCUUCUUCAUCUACCGACGUGUCUUCCGGUGCAACGGCAACCUGAACAAAUGCAGGAUGGAUCGAACGGAGGACGCGUACAUUCGGAUGUUGCUAUACAUCAUCCGCUUCCUGUGCGGCUUCCUGGUGCCAUUCCUGGUCAUCCUGGGCUGCUACAUCAUUGCCGGGGUGGGCAUCCAACGCACCCGCUUGUCGGGUAAGUCGCGCCCCCUGCGGAUGCUGGCCUUGCUGGUGAGCACUUUCUUCCUGUGCUGGGCCCCGUACCACAUCCUGCUGAUACUCAGGAUGGUGGACGGCAGCGUCUCGUGGGUCAUCGUCUGGCUGCCCACCGCCAAGGGCGUGGCCUAUUUCAACAGCUGCAUCAAUCCGCUUCUUUACUUCUUUGUGGGCCUCAAGCUGAAGGGCCAGAACAAGAAGUCUCUGGAGGGUCUAUACAGGAGCGCGAUGGCCGACGACGUUGACGAAUAGAAGGGGGGGGGGGGGGGUCUUACG